UAUUUACCUACGGUCAUGAAUCGUGGACCAUCACUGGAAAAGGUCGAACCCGGGUACGAGCUGCUGAAAUGGGCCUUCGUAGACGAGUCGCUGCCCUUACGCGUCUCGACAUGGUCUGGAAUAGUGUCAUCCAGAAGAGCUUUGGAGUACAGCUUCUGCUUGUCCAAAUUGAGAAGUCACAGCUGCGAUGGUUCGGGCAUGUGUUGCAAAUGCCUCCAGAAAGGAAGGCUAAACAACUGUUGCUUGGAAAUCCGACCGGCAGAAGGCCCUUGGGAUGGCCACGAUUAA